AUGAAACUCCUGAUCUUGGCACUGGCGGCUGCAGCAUCUGCUGCCCCACAGGGGUACAACCUACCGACUCCUUCCGGUCCAUCCUUUAACGCCGGGGGUUGUGGCGGUGGACAAGUACGACACGUGGACGGCAGCUGCGUCACACCUCAAGUGAACAGUCGUGUGUUCUUGUAUGAUGUGCCGCCAAAUCAAGCUUCUUCCAGUCGGCCAGCGUACGUUCCAAAACCCAAACUUGAACGCAAUAUUGUUUUCGUCAGACUUCCUGAUGGUGCUCAAGGACCAGAACCCAUCGUCGUUCCUCCUCCAAGGCAACAACACGUCUUGUUCGUCCUUAACAAGCAGUCGGAACAAGGUCAACAAGUGAUCGAGGUGCCAGCGCCACCACCAGCGGAUCCCGAAGUGUUCUUCGUGAACUACGCAGAAGGAGAGAACCCAACUCUUCCUGGUGGAGUAGACCUCCAAACGGCGCUGAGUGCUGCUUCUCAAGGUGGUGGUCAAGUUGUGGGAGGUGGUGGCGGUGGAGGUUCUGGUGGCGGCAUCGGAGGCGGAUUUGGAGGUGGCAUCGGAGGUGGUAUUGGUGGCGGAAUCGGUGGUGGUAUUGGAGGCGGAAUCGGUGGUGGUAUUGGAGGCGGAAUCGGUGGCGGUAUUGGAGGCGGAAUCGGAGGUGGUAUUGGGGGCGGAAUCGGAGGCGGUAUCGGCGGCGGUAUUGGAGGUGGAAGUGGCAUCGGCGGUGGAAGCUAUAGUCCUCCUGCGCCUUCCACACUUUAUAGUGGACCAUAA